CAUGGAGGAAAAGCAGACGACUGUGGCCGAGUGAGGAGGACCGAGCGCUGCGCCCUCGCCGCAUCCCGUCGUUUUCUUUCGCCUGCGGUUAUUUGCAAUCGGGGGAUCGCUCGACAGCAACGCACCCGCCGAGGACACCGGAGGGGCGACAGCGGCCAAGAUGAAGCAUUUUCUCAGAGUGGUGACCCACUUCUUUUUGUUCCUCUACUGUAAAUUGCUGUGGCGGGUGCUGAAGUUUGUUGUCCGGAAGUUUACGGGACGCUGUGAGCUGCAGCGAAUCUGCUACAACAACAAGCAUGGAGCCCGCAGGACCCUCAAGAUAGAGUCGUCUCUGAGGUACUCCAAGAAUGAGCUGCUGCAGUCUGCCCUCAGCAUCCAUCCCGAUAAAGUGGAGAGAACCAUUGACAACAUCAUGACCUUGAAGAGGAUCAACCCUGACACCAACCCACAGCUGGGCAUCUCUCUGCAGGCCAGCCUGCUGCAGAUCGUGGGCUACAGGAGCCUGGUGGUGGAGGUGGAGAAGCUGCGCAGGGAGCCUUAUGACUGUGAAAACGCCGAGCACGAGGACAUGCUGAUGAAGUUUUUUUUUUUUUGGAGCCCUGACACAUCUCUCAACGGCCGCAUCUCUAAACAGUGGUGUGAGAUCGGUUUCCAAGGCAGCGAUCCCAAGACUGAUUUCAGAGGCAUGGGCCUACUGGGCCUGCAUAACCUGCUGUAUUUUGCAGAACAUGACAAGGCUACUGCUCUGCAGAUGCUCAACGACUCCCUGCAACCAAAGCACAAUGAGAUUAACAAGCCUGAAUGGGAACAGAAGAACCUUGACAAAGCUAUCGGCUAUUCUUUUGCCAUCGUGGGCAUCAACAUCACAGACCUGGCCUACUCUCUGCUGGUGAGCGGAGCUCUGAAGACCCACCUGUACAACGUGGCCCCAGAGAUGCCCAGCCUGCCGCACUUCCAGCAGACUUUCUGUUACCUGAUGCAGGAGUUUCACCGUUUCUGGAUUGAGGAGGAUCCCAGCGACAUCAUGGAGUUCAACCGGGUCCGCUCCAAGUUCCACCGGAGGGUCCUGCGACAGCUGAAGAACCCGGACAUGGCUCUGUGCCCCCACUUCUCUGCCUCCGACCUCCACCUGGUCAACCUCUAAACGCACACUCCUGACCUGUGAGCCCCCACCGCCACCACCCUCACUGAGCCGUUCAUAUCCCCGCAGAGGUCUCCCCUGGAUGUCCGGUGCGCCAACUGAAAAUCAGAAAUCGGACAACCCUUUACACUCCAAUCGGUGGUUCCUCAAACAGUUGGUCACAUCCGGGGAGGCUCUCUUCCUUCUCCUCUGCUCAGCCCACCUCGUCCCAGCUAACGUCAUGUUUGCGUCACUGCCAACAGCUCACUCAACCACUGCAUACACACAAACACACGCAAACACACACACACACACACGCACACACACUGCCUCUACGCCCUCACUGCAGCGUUAGACCACCAGCAUCAGAGAUGACCAUAGAGAUUGUAGCUGUGCAUGAGGAGGCUGCACCAAACCAUCACAGACUCAUUGUUAUCUGUUGCUUUAAUGAUUCAUGACGAUUGUAUCUCAGCCAUUACACCUCAGUUGAGAACCUUUUCGCUUAUUCUAGUAACAAACCAAAUUUACUUUCUCAGCCAAAAAUCCCUUUUAAAUUGCAAGUUAGUGUGAUCAGCUCAGAGUAUUCUGGCAUUUAGUUGGUCGGGCUAUUAGACGUGAGGUUAAAUGUGUCAAAAACAAGUUUUUGUAUUCAAAUUGAAGAGCUAUAGAUAUAUACUGUAAGUUUAAAUGAAGCGUAACAGAAAUGUAGCUGGCGUUGAUUCAAUCAAAAGCAAUCAAACAAUACAGGGCCAGUUCAUCUCGUAACCUUGUCUGUAUUAGUUAAUUGCUAUAGAUUGUACUGUCCUUCUUAUGUCCACGUGACAUUAACACCUAAGACUUCUACUUCUUGCCAAAAUAUCGAAUGUGGAGAACUGAAAAUCACAGCAGCGGUUUGUUUUUUUGUGAGCUCAAAUUUAAGUUUUGUAAACUUGCCGAACGAUGUUCAUAAAUAUUUUAAAAACUCGUUGUUUAGCUUAGUUACAAAUAUUAAAUGUGUAGCAUUUUGGCAGCACUGUUCCCAGUGUGGAUACUAAAAGAGCUCCUUCUCUUGCGAUUAUUAUUAUACAACUUUUUUAUUUGCUCAUACGUAUUUACAUCCAGAAAAAAAAUUAUGAAAAAUAUUUUAUGAACAUUUUUUUAUACAGGUUUGCAAAAGCUUUUGCCUUUGAUUUGACCCCAUGAAUAUAUUCUGUUACGAAUGUUCCUCACAAGCUCACAUUCAUGAUUGUUUGAUUCUAUUUUAAUUCAUUGAAUGUGACGCUGUGUCCACUGUUGUAUCAGCCAAAGCAAUAAUUUACAUUCAUUUCACUGCACAUUUCUUUAAAAGUAGUUAUUUGCACCAUGCGUGCCUAAGUACUUGUUUUGCUUUCAAACUCAGAGCUGGGAUGCUAAUCAAUUUACACAGCAGCUGCUACAUGUGGCAUUUAUAUAUAGAUGUAAAAUAUUACCACACUAAUUCUGAGACAUUAGUGUAAUUACUGUAAACAAAUGUCCCCACAAGUCUGGCAGCUUCUGUGCUGCUUCUGACAACGUCCAAGUUUGCCAGGAGAUCUGCUGAAGUGCUUGAUGGCAGUGAAAACACUUUUUGUCCUCUUCAGCGGAAGACACCGGAGACACCGGAGAUGUGAGGGGAGGCAUGCCUCCUCUCCACCGCGAUCUCAAGCAUUUCAGUCGACUUGGCACAGAUUUAUUCAUGUUCUAAAAUGCUACACGUAGCAGCUUUAAGAGGCAUGUGUCGUUAUCCCUUAGCAAAGCAACAACCAACAUAGAGAAUUAAGACAUUGAGGGUAGAGUUGCGCGAAUACAAAAAACGAAUACAAAAACAGAAGAGAGAGAAACCCUAAAGAUGGAGGGCGUUCAACCGGCCAGUCAACGCACCAGCUGCAGAGCUGCAGAGUCACACAAGAGCCAGAGCUCCAUACUGAACCAAAUUCUCUUUAAGAAAUGACCUUUUAGUGGCACGAUGUUAAUACCUGUCGCUGUCAGCGCCCUACUGUGGACUGACUGCAUUCUUUUUUUUAAAUUUAAGUUCUUUAUUUUAUCUUUAUUUUACCAGAAAAGCCUCACUGUGAUUAAAAAUAUUUUUCAGGAGUGACCCGACCAAGACAUCUCAACGUUAGAAUUAAAUAAAAAUGCAAGUAUGAAUAUCUGGUGGCUGUUUUCAGAACUCCUAGUUUACUAGCAUAUUAUUUAGUGUUAGUAUUUGUAAAGUGGAAGAUGCCGCAUCUGUGAAUUUUUUUUUCACACUCCGCUUUCAAAGUUAUAAUCCUUAAGAUUUUCAUCAUGUCAAACCCAAAUUUUGGGUGAAAUAUUAUUAUUAAUAAUAAUGAUAAUAAAUCGGUAAAAGUAUAAGCAGAAAUACGUUUUUCCAGCUUUCCCAUUUUGUCAAUUAUGUCAUGACCCCCUUUACAUGUCUUGCGACUACCUUGGGGGUCCUGACCCCCGGUUGGGAACCACUGCAGUAGACAACUCCUCAUUCAAAGCGAGAGGAGUCUUAGGUAAAACACGCUAAAAGACAAAAUAAACAAUUACUGAAAUGAAUAAAUCACCAUCCGGUUCAUUGUCUACGGAGCAUCAGUUUGAUUAUCAUCUCAGCUCUGAGUCACACUUUUAAUUUUGACUGAAUGAUAAAUGAACAAAAGCCCAAAUCUGAGACACACACACACACACACACACACACACACACACAGACACACACCCGUGUUCUGCUUCACAGCAGCGUUGCGUCUCACUGACAUGCGACCACUGUAUUUAACAUUCACGAGCAUUCGCAACGUGUGUGAUGCUGACAGGUCUGACAAAUGUUCGCAGAAAAAACUGAAACUGUACGAUAAAAAUUUUACUGCCGUGCUUGCACUGUUGAUUGUGUUUUAAUAGUACUGAAUAUCUUUGUCUCAUUAAGGAGAAUGUCGAUGCUCUUUGUCAGUAUUAUGCAGCCGUUUACUUCAGUGAAUGUCAGUGCCGGUUUCAUCUCCUGCUUUCGUUUUGUUUUGCUUUGCUAUGGUCAGCUUUGCACUAUUGUAAAAAUAAAAAUGCAAUUUCCUUUCUGAUAGUAAAUCAGUCAUUUGUGGUGUUGGAGUACAAGGGCCAAUGUGUCCCAGGAUACUGUAGAUGAAGUUAGGUACCUGCUGCUGUAUAUUCCGCUUUGAAACUGGCUGUGAGAAUCACAAUCUGCAUGAUGGUAUUUUCAUUGUCACUGCUAUGGCGUUCGGUAUUCUUCAGUAAAGCCUAAAGAACUCCUAGGUAUUGUAACUGCGUGCUUCAUUUGUCUGUGCUG